GCAGAACUUCUUCUGAGGCCAUUCCUAUCUCUGUAAAAACCCGCCAAAGGACAGAACCUCGGUCUCUACCAGCCCGCGACUCUAUCAGAAGCAUUCAAUUGCUCACCAAAGCCAACAUGUCUCUCGCCAACUCCAUCUACAGCACCCUGUUCCGCAAGAACUACACCAUGCUUGCGACCGUCUUCGCCGCUGGCUUUGCUUGGGAGAUCGGUUUCAACUCUACCAUGGACAAGAUCUGGGAUAGCAACAACCGAGGCCGCCAAUGGAAGGACAUCCGACACAAGUACGUUGAGGGUGGCGACGAUGAGGAGUAAGAAACUCCGCAUUGCUCAGGAUAGAAUGGGUGUCGAAUUGGACUGCCUUGGGGAAAAGUGUAUAAAUAAAACGAGAAAUAGAACGGUUCACAGCUAUUUGUUUUUCUUCUGUUCUUGGCCUGUAUAGCUGUGAUAUGGUUGUGCUACGGUCGUACGAUGCUGAUGCUCAUCGUCCACACCAGCGCAUGAGCUCGCGGGACGCCGCUGAGACCUGUGGUCCAUGCAUGAGAUAAUUGUCUGUCUAUUACGCUUGCUAUGUUUGGCGCAUGCAAAAUAAAAAGCACAUGCC